AGUAAUGGCGUCUCAAUUUGCUAGCAAGCUGGUUCAUGCAUGGCUUCUUUCCACUCUGAUUGCUCUGGCAAUGGCUACUGAGCGUUCGACCUAUAUUGUCCACAUGGACCGGGAAAUGAUGCCAAAGGCCUUCACCCAUCACCAGCAGUGGUACACUGCUUCACUUCAGUCUCUAAAUGUUACCACAUCUGUCAAUCAUGAAGCUUCAUCUGAAACUCCAACAAAUCCAUUCUAUGUCUAUGAGAAUGUCAUGAAUGGGUUCAGCGCUGUACUCUCAGAGAACGAAGUAGAAGCUCUCAAGAAAAUACCAGGAGUCCUAGGCGUGCACAAAGACAGAGAAGUCAAAAUAGACACGACCCAUACAUACGAAUUUCUUAACCUGAAUGUUGCAUCUGGUCUCUGGCCAGCUUCCAACUACGGCGAAGAUGUGAUCAUCGGCGUCAUCGACACCGGAGUCUGGCCGGAAUCAGAAAGCUACAAUGACAGAGGGAUGAGUGAAAUACCAAAGAGAUGGAAAGGAAUAUGCCAGGCUGGAGAUGAAUUCAACAUCUCUAUGUGCAACUCCAAGCUCAUCGGUGUUCGCUAUUUUAACAAAGGUGUCAUUGCUGCCAGACCAGGCGUCAAAAUCUCCAUGAACUCAGCCAGAGACACGUUUGGCCAUGGCACGCAUACUUCAUCCACUGCUGCUGGGAGUUAUGCUUCUGCUGAUUACUUUGGCUAUGCUCCUGGCAUUGCCAGAGGCGUUGCACAUAGAGCUAGGCUGGCAAUGUACAAGGUCAUUUGGGAUGAAGGAAGAUACUCUUCCGAUGUGAUCGCCGGGAUGGACCAAGCAGUUGCCGAUGGCGUCAAUAUCAUCUCCAUAUCAAUGGGCUUUGAUGAUGUCCCCUUGUACGAAGACCCAGUUGCUAUAGCAUCAUUUGCAGCAAUGGAGAAGGGAAUCCUCGUCUCCGCUUCAGCCGGGAAUGAAGGACCUGACCUUUCAACACUGCAUAAUGGAAUCCCCUGGGUGAUGACUGUGGCGGCUGGCACAAUCGACCGCCAACUCGCAGGGACAUUGAUACUGGGCAACGGUCAAACCAUUAUUGGCGCCACUCAAUACCCUGAGAACGCAUUCUUGGUGGACAUGACACUAGUGUACAAUGAAACCAUCUUGGAGUGCAACUCACCAUCCCUAUUAUCUGCCACAGCCGGAGGUCAAGUCGUUAUAUGCAAAGAUAAUGGGACAGCAAGGUUGCAGGAAAGGGAAAUUCUACAGUCUACUGUUGCAGGUGCUAUAUUCAUAACUAAUAGAACCAUCAGUUUCAGCUUCCAAAGUCCAUUGAUUGCCAUCACACCCGAGGAAGGUGUCACCUUGCUCAAUUAUGCUGUGAACAACCCAAGCACUGCAACCAUCACGAUGAAGUUCAAACAGACUUUCUUAGGCAAUGUGAGAGCUCCAAGAGUGGCAUCAUUUUCAUCUAGAGGGCCAUCAAGAAACGUCCCUAAUGUUUUGAAACCUGACAUAAUGGCUCCAGGCGUUGAUGUCAUUGCUGCAUGGCCAUCAAAUUCUCCUGCUGCCUUUAUCGGCAAUGCUCCAUUGGUGAGUGAUUUCAGUAUCCUCUCUGGUACAUCAAUGUCGUGCCCGCACGCAUCUGGUGUUGCUGCUUUGCUGAAGGGUGCACGCCCGGGGUGGAGCCCGGCCGCCAUCAGGUCGGCCAUGAUGACCACAGCCAGUGCCUUAGACAACACAAUGGAUUACAUUCAAGACAUGGGAAACAAUUUAUACCCAGCUAGUCCUCUGGCCAUGGGAGCUGGACAAGUGGACCCAAACAAGGCUUUAGACCCUGGGCUCAUCUAUGACGCCACCCCACAGGAUUACGUGAGCUUGUUAUGUGCUUCUAAUUUCACUCUCAAUAAGAUCAGGCUGAUCACCGCCGGGUCAUCCAAACCAUAUGACUGCUCCAAACCAUCGACUGAUCUUAAUUACCCUUCCUUUAUUACCAAUUUUAAUAGCAGUUCUACAACUUACUAUCAGACGUUUGUGAGAACAGUGACUAAUGUCGGCGAUGGAGGUGCGACUUACAAAGUGAAUGUGCUGAGGCCAGUGUGGCUUUCAGUUGUUGUUGAACCGGAUGUGCUCGUUUUCAAGGACAAGUAUGAGAAGCUAAGCUACAAGGUUUAUAUGAAGGCAAGCUUACCUAUAAAAAUUAGUAGGCCAUAUGGUUUCGGACAUCUUGUUUGGGUUGACGUAAGUGGGAAAUACAAAGUUAGGAGCCCAUUUGUGGUGCUAGUUUAGUGCCAUGCAAAGAGCUUUACUG